AUGCAGAGAAUAUUAGAGAAGAAACACUUCAGAAACAAACAGAAAGAGAUAGAAUACAUUUCGAAGAAAUUGCAAUCUUACGAUUGGAAGACUUACCCUCAUAGAUGUCUUCUUAUCUUAGAUGACUUUGCUUCUCAUCCUUUGUUAAAGAAUAGAGAACAAGACAUGUGUCGAAUUCUUAAGAAGCUCAGACACUUUAACAUCUCAGUUGUCAUUUGUGUACAGACAGCAAAGAGUUUAAGUAAGGAUGUUAAAAGAAUACUUACUGACAUUGUACUUUUCCCUGGAUUGUCCGAAGACGAUUUCAUGGAACUUAUGAAAGAGUCCAUGGCAGGUAAGUUUGACAGACAUGAACUAUGGGAGAAGUACAAAGUCAUACAAGACCCUCAUACUUCUUUCAGAAUUCAUAUCUACGCAAACAAAGUUCAAAUUGUAAAAAGUCAAUAA